GAGCCGAUUGCCAAUAAAACGUGAUGGUCAGCCACGGAUGUCGCGAACUGGAGCUGGAAAGCGAUGUAGAUCAAAUCUCCACGAACAACAACUACAGGGUUCACACUGGUGAAUCGCAAAUCGCCUUUGUCAGGAUGAAAUUAAAUGAUGGAUCGAGAGAGUUACACUGAAGGAAAACUUGCGUUCCCAAAUGGGGGAGCAGGCGAGGGUGGAGAGUUCAGAAUAAGGAGAAGGAAGAACAUUUCCGAGAUUUGAAUUGCAGGUGUCGGAACUAUCGCCGACGGAUUGGGCGGAGGCUUUGAGCUGGAAUCCGAUGAUGAUGGAUAUGAAGCAGACGAGUGAAAGGAGAAAAAGCUUGCUGGUAAGGCCAGAGGUAGCCAUUAAUGGAAGCACAGCUUUGUGAUCAAACAAGUGGAAGGUGGAGAAGGAAGAAGGUCAAUGGAUCACGCUUGACCAUUGUUCUCAUCAACUCAAGGAUCUUAGCUCUAUCAUUUUGAUUCAAUCCUUCAGUUGUUGUUUCUCUAUCUGAGCAUCAGCCAUGGCUACCAUUUUGGUCACUGGUGGAGCUGGAUACAUCGGCUCCCACACCGUUCUUCAGCUUCUUCUCGGCGGCUAUAAGGCCGUCGUCGUCGAUAACUUGGAUAAUUCCUCCGAGAUUGCUAUUCGGAGAGUCAAAGAUCUGGCUGGGGAUUCGGGGAAGAACCUCACAUUUCACAAGCUUGAUUUGAGGGAUAAACCGGCUCUUGAGAAGGUUUUCGCUUCGACAAAAUUCGAUGCUGUCAUCCACUUUGCUGGACUUAAAGCAGUUGGCGAGAGUGUCCAAAAGCCACUGCUCUACUAUGAUAACAACAUAAUUGGAACAAUUGUCCUAUUUGAAGUUAUGGCUUCUCAUGGGUGCAAAAAGCUUGUGUUUUCAUCAUCAGCUACCGUCUAUGGUUGGCCAAAGAAAGUCCCUUGCACUGAAGAGUUCCCUCUAUCUGCAACAAACCCUUAUGGACGAACUAAGCUAUUCAUCGAAGAAAUAUGCCGUGAUAUUUAUCGAUCAGAUUCAGAAUGGAAAAUCAUAUUGCUUAGAUACUUCAAUCCAGUAGGUGCUCAUCCCAGUGGAGACAUUGGUGAAGACCCCCGUGGAAUUCCCAACAACUUGAUGCCCUUUGUGCAACAAGUUGCUGUUGGCAGGCGGCCAGCCUUGACAGUUUUUGGAACUGACUACUCUACCAAGGAUGGAACAGGGGUUCGUGAUUACAUUCAUGUCGUUGAUUUAGCUGAUGGGCAUAUUGCUGCAUUGCGCAAAGUAGAUGAUCCCAGCAUAGGCUGCGAGGUUUACAAUUUGGGAACUGGAAAGGGUACUUCAGUUUUGGAGAUGGUUUCAGCAUUUGAGAAGGCAUCUGGAAAGAAAAUUUCCCUUGUGAUGGCGGAGCGACGACCGGGAGAUGCCGAAGUCGUAUAUGCCGAAACAGAGAAGGCAGAGAAGGAGCUGAAGUGGAAGGCAAAGUAUGGAAUUGAAGAAAUGUGCAGAGAUCAGUGGAACUGGGCAAGCAAAAAUCCUUAUGGCUAUGAAGCUUCAGCCCCCAAAAACUGAGAAACCAAAUUUCCACUUAAGAUUAUUCUAAAUGCCUUUUUCUUUUUGGCCAUUUUGAUGCCCUCUCCGAGUUUGAAUAAGCGGAACCCGAUCGAUCCCUCCAUUGCAGUGUUUUAAACACUUCGAUACUUUUUGGUCCUCUUUUGAGUCGAAAAUGUUUAUCUUCCACGAGAUUAUUAGUAUUCGUUUGUUUCUCUUUAUCCUUUUUUUUUUCUUUGGAAUUUUCUAAAAUGGUUUUUGUUUUCCAGAUUCUACCAGGAAAAAAACAAUGUAAUUUACAAUAGGGCACAAUU